AGAUCGUCUUCUGGAGCUCACGGGUACUAUCAAGAAGGGCCAUGGGCAGCCACAGUACUUGGAUAAACUGCAGAGAAAAUGCAGUUCACAGAGAGGUAGUCUGUAAAGAGAUCUACCUUCUUAUGGUGAUUUGAAGAACCAAACACCUGGGAUAGAAGUUGACAGCUGUAGAGCUGCGGUCUGCAGGAGAACCAGUCUGUUGGAGGUUCAGCCGUGGGAUAAGGAAUUGAGAAGAACUCAGCUGUGGGAGUGCGAUAGCCACUGCAUUGUGCAAGUGUGCAGUGCAGUGUAUGGUAUUAAAACUGAGGAGGAAUUAGGACUUUUUUCUGUAAUAUAUACACGCGUAAUUCUGUUGAAUAUCUAAUGACAAUUAUGGAUUUUCAGAUAGGCAAGAGCUGCAAAAUUCAUAUUUUGUGAUAGGAGAAGCCAAGUGGUGUCUGCUUUGAAAUUGAAUAGCUUUAUUGGCCCAGAAGAAUUCUUUUAGGUUGUUGGGCAAACCAAACACAAAUAAAAGCAACUUCUUCAACUGUGAUAGGAGAAAGACGCUAAAAAAGGAAAUAAAGGGAACAUAAGGAAAAAUACCAUGCUUCUGGUUGUCAUAGUUUUAUCUUUAAGCCAGCCUAACACUCGUGACAUGUAGACUGGUAGAUGAUAUAUGUGGUUGGUAAAUGGCAGUCAUAUUUCUUGGGUCACCAACUUUCUAAUGAAAAUGCGACCUAUAAUUUCCAUGUUUGUGUGCAUAUGGGUGCACAAUUUUUGUUUCUUAUAGUGGACCCUCUGCUACAAGCUUAUAUGAAUCCACAUCAUAUGUUCACAGGUUGAACGAGAAAGGGGUAUUACGGUCAAAGCUCAGACAGCUACAAUGUUCUUUAGGCAUAAACAUCAGAAGGAUGAGGUGACUGAAAUAGAAGAUGCACCAAAAUAUCUGUUGAAUCUUAUCGACACUCCUGGUCAUGUUGAUUUUAGCUACGAGGUAUCUAGAUCACUUGCAGCUUGCCAGGGUGUUUUACUAGUGGUUGACGCUGCGCAAGGUGUCCAAGCUCAAACAGUAGCCAACUUUUAUCUUGCUUUUGAAUCUAACUUGGCAAUUAUCCCUGUUAUAAACAAGAUUGAUCAGCCUACUGCAAAUCCAGAUCGUGUAAAGGCUCAGCUGAGUUCCUUAUUUGAUCUGGAUUCAAAUCAUGCUCUUCUAACUUCUGCUAAAACAGGCCAGGGUCUUGAGCAUGUCCUACCUGCUGUGAUAGACCGCAUACCUUCUCCUCCCGGGAAGUGUGAUUCACCUUUAAGGAUGCUUCUAUUAGAUUCUUAUUAUGACGAAUAUAAAGGAGUAAUAUGCCAUGUUGCUGUUGUUGACGGGGCUCUUCAUAAAGGUGAUAAAAUUGCCUCUUCAGCAACCGGUCAAGCUUAUGAGGUUUCUGAUAUUGGAAUCAUGCAUCCUGAACUUACCCCAACUGGAGUUCUUUUUACUGGUCAAGUUGGCUAUAUUGUUAGUGGAAUGCGCUCAACAAAAGAGGCACGUAUUGGUGAUACACUUCAUCUAGCCAAAAGCAUUGUAUUGCCCCUUCCUGGUUUCAAGCCUGCAAAACACAUGGUUUUCUCUGGCCUUUAUCCAGCUGAUGGAUCAGAUUUUGAUGCUCUCAACCAUGCAAUAGAGAGAUUGAUUUGCAAUGAUGCUAGUGUUUCUGUGACCAAAGAGACUAGUACAGCACUUGGCAUGGGAUUCAGAUGUGGCUUCCUGGGUUUACUUCAUAUGGAUGUCUUUCAUCAACGGCUUGAGCAAGAAUAUGGUGCAAAAGUGUUAUCUACCAUACCAACUGUGCCAUAUAUUUUUGAGUAUUCAGAUGGGAGUAAGGUGCAGGUUCAGAAUCCUGCUGCAUUAGCUGCAAACCCUGGGAAGAGUGUUACUGCAUGUUGGGAACCAUCAGUCAUUGCAACUAUAAUCAUUCCUAGUGAAUACAUAGGACCUGUCAUUACACUAUGCUCAGAAAGGAGAGGAGAUCAGCUUGAAUAUUCAUUUAUUGACAGUCAGAGGGCGCUCAUGAAAUAUCAACUUCCACUGAGGGAAAUUGUUGUUGAUUUCUACAACGAAUUGAAAAGUAUAACCUCUGGAUAUGCUUCUUUUGACUAUGAAGAUGCAGAGUAUCAAAAAUCUGAUUUAGUUAAACUUGAUAUCCUCUUGAAUGGCCAAGCUGUAGAUGCAAUGGCAACUAUUGUUCAUAGCCUGAAAGCACAAAGAGUUGGGCGUGAACUGGUGGAGAAGUUAAAGAAAUUCAUUGACAGGCAGAUGUUUGAGAUCACAAUACAAGCUGCAAUUGGUUCAAGGGUCAUCGCCCGUGAGACCAUCUCAGCCAUGAGAAAGAACGUUUUGGCAAAAUGCUAUGGUGGUGAUGUUACCAGAAAGAGGAAGCUUUUAGAAAAACAGAAGGAAGGAAAGAAGCGCAUGAAGCGGGUGGGCUCUGUUGAUAUACCUCAAGAGGCAUUCCAUGAACUAUUAAAAGUUUCCAAGGAGUGAGAUGAGAUGUUUUUCUCAGAGGUACAUUCAGUUAGAAGCGCAUUUUUGCUGCAUCUGUAUUUUAAUAUCAAGAUAUGUAAUAAUUUCAUGUAGUUUAGUUGGUAAGUUUUUCUUUAUUGUAAACCUAUUAAAUGUUAUUUUUGUUUUAAUAAUCAAAUUUGUUGGGUUUUGACAAAUAGAAG